AUGGUGAGGCACACGAACGCGCUGUGCUCCCGAGCCGCGCACUUAGUCCUGGAUUCAUGGAGCUCCACCUUCCAGGACCCAACCUACCGAGGCUCUGAAUUUUUAGAGCUUCAACAGCCUGACAGGCGGCCGCUACAGCCAUCGUACCUCAAUGGGGGACCUUGGCUUUCAACCUUUGGACACAGUAUCACUGAGUUCGCUCGCAUUUGCUGGUGUAUAACUGGCCACACGGCCAUUGGAGUGUAUUACCGUCGCCUCAAGAUCAACAAGCCUCAUGGCUGCACUUGCGGGGCUGCUUUGCAGUCUCGCCAGCACGUCCUCUUUUGCUGUCACGAUCGCUACUGCGUGCAUUACCCCCGCUUUCUUGGGGAUAUUGCAUCUUUUAUGAAGUACAACCCCACGGCGUUUGGCUUCAACCGGGACCCUUCGGGUGUCAGAUAA